AGUUUGGUGGGGGGUGUAGGGGGACUAUUGGGGCGAGACGGGUCCACGAAGCGCGACAGUGGGAAAAAAGAGAGAGAAGUCGAGCUGUGCUGGAUUAAUUUAAAAUAGACUCUUCGAUUUUGUCUACAGACAUCUGGCUGGACUGGAUCUCGUAGCCUGAUUUCAGAGUUCUAAGAGCCUGGAUUCCAUGGCAACAUGGUUGAGGAGUUUCAGCCUUCACAUACACAAGAAAAACUUUAUGUGAGGAAAGGAGGAAAAUAAAACUAGACGUGAAAGCACAAAGUAUUUUUACCCGGGUGUCUGCUGCCAAUGUUUACUUUAUCCUUCAUGGGUACUGCAGGGAAAUUUUCUUUGAGAACAGCUGCUCUGCGUUAAUGGCAUUUGAUUUAAAGAUGUGUUAAUCUAUAUGUUUUGCACAGCUCUGUUUCAUAUUUGUGACUUACUACUGUAUAUUUGUUCAUUAAUUAAAAUUUUUUUAUUGAGGGAGAGAGUGCAUACAAAACCAGAUGGUAGGCUGGCUUGAAUGCUGAAGCGAGGUAGUGUAAAUGGCUGAGAGUGAUGAAAUUAUCAUACUAAGUGAUGAUGAUGAAGAGGAGGACCCCAAGAGGCAACAAAAAGGCACUACUAACCAUCAUCAGAGUACUUCUGAGUCUGGCACAAGGCAGUUGCCUCACAAGUCUUCAUCUGCAAAUUCUACAAAUGGAGUGUGUUUGAAACCCAAAGUACUCGGUACAGCUCAGGAAAAAGUGCGAAAUGUAGAAGCCCUGAAAACUGAGAAUGCACAUUUGUUCAAUGAGUUUGUUGACUACUGCACAAAGCACACUACCGAACAUCCUGAGGUUAUCACUUUUCUGAAAGGCAGGCAUGAAAAGACUAACCCAGACUACCUGUCCUCCACAGAAUUCCGAAACAUUAUCGGGCGCUGCCUUGCACGGGUGCAGAGUAAGAAAAACAAAAUCUAUGUUUAUAUCAAUGAACUUUGCACUUCACUUAAAGCUAAUUCUCAGAAGAAGAAAGUCACAGUUAGCCAUGUACCUAGUCAAGGCAAGGAGACAGCAUAUACAGAAAGCUGCAGCAAACUGUUUGUUACUGAGCCAGAGGUGCAAGAUGUCUCUUCCAUGCAAGAUCAUACUGAUGCUCCAGAAGAGGAGAAACAGGAGAAAAAAAGUACUGGCUCUAAACGACAGAUUAGAUAUUUGGAGAACUUAUUGAAAGUAUACUCUGAUGAGAUUCAUAAGUUACAGGAGAAAGAAUUGGAUUUAGAUGAUUUAGAAGAUGAAGACUCCACCUAUAUCCAGGAGAAUCGAUUAAAAAAAAAGAUGAUUAAGAUAUUUAAGAAACUGUGUGAACUAAAGGGUUGCAGCAGCCUGACAGGACGUGUCAUUGAACAGCGCAUUCCCUACAGGGGGACCCGGUACCCAGAGAUUAACCACAAAAUUGAGAAGUUUAUUAAUCGACCAGAUCAAUUCCCAGACUAUCAAGACAUCUUGAAAGUAAUCCAGAAGGUUAAUGAUACAAGUAGCUUGGGACUGAGUGCAAAACAGAUGCAGAGUAUGGCACAGGAUGCCUUUCGAGAGGUUGGCAACCGCUUGCAAGAGAGGCGACACCUUGAUCUCGUUUACAAUUUUGGCAGCCAUCUUACAGAUGAAUAUAGACCAGGCUCUGACCCAGCCAUGGCAGAUAUCUCCUUGGAGCGACGCUUACGAGAGAAUCGUGCAGUCUCAAUGAACCAACUAGAUGCAGUUAUUCAAAAAUAUGCCAACAUGCAGGAAGAUGUUGAGAAUGAGGAGUAUGAGAAGAAACAACAGAGGACAAAUGUAGCGGUGCCAAGUUCUUCUGCAGGCUCUGCUAAAGCGAAUUUUGACCAAAUGCCAAUGGAAGAGGCCAGCAGCGAAAGCAAGGUCGAGGAAGCAAACAGUGUAGAUAGAAAAAGUUCUCGCUUGGAAAAAGCAUUUUCAGAAAAAACAAGCACAAAACUGAAGAAUACCAAGGGAUCGGACAGGGAAACUGAAGGUGAUGAGGAGGCAGAAGAUGAUGAGGAGGAUGAGUUGUCUUCAGAUCCAGAUAUUGAAGAGGAAUUGGAAAAUAGUUGUCUGAUGUCAGAGGAGGAGGAAGAGGAGGCCCAUGGUGACAUAAAGAUAGAAACACCUGAUGCUGAUCAGGAACCAGACAACCAGUCUGUGCAUUUUGGAGUUUACUCUGGAGCAGAGGAAGUAGAAGACGAUGAUGAAGAAAUAAGUGAAAAUGAGGGUGACUCUGUAGAUGAUGAUGAAAUUGGUCUGGAGAUGGGACCUGAAGAAGACCUCAUUUUAGAUAAGGACACUUGUUGCACUCUGUCUGACAUACCUGAUAAAGAUGCACAGCUGCAAGUUAAAUGUGAAAGUCUUGACUCUGGAAACCAUUGCAUUGAGGCUGUUGCAAAUAAAGUGUCUCUAAAUUCUGUUAGCUCUUCGGAUGAGACUGAUGGUCUUAAAGAGUAUACUUUAUCAGAAACCUCAGUGACAAUUAUUAAGGAAGUUUCAGUGAGUCUUACAAGAUCUUCAGUGGUAGAGAAGGAGGUUGCAAGGAGGACUUCAAAAACAUCUAGCAACGGACUAAACGCAGUGACUCCUCAUAUUAACAAUUCUUCAGAGACAUCUUCACAUUUUCCAGAGAAGUCCUGCAGAAAACAUUUAAGCUUUCCAGAUGCUCAGGAUAUUGAAAAUGCAACAUCAGAGUGUUCAGAAUCAUCUAAAAGCCCUCUCAGAAUGUCUCAAAUCUCUGCAAAUAUACAAACCAGUAGCCUAGAAGAUCAGACAGCUUUGAGCUUUCCAGAGGCUUCUACUAGACUGAGGAGGUCUUUGUCUAUGGACUUCAGUCCCAGUCUUGUAUCUGAAAAAUCAAACACUCCAAGAAAAAAUCGAUUGCGAAAAAGAAGCAAUUCAGAUUCCAGAAAUCUGUCAAUCUUGUCAGCUCCUAUAAAGAUAGAGACAGAAUCUUUUUCAGAAAAUGGUGGAAAUAUACCCAUUAUGACAGUUAACGGUAGAGCAGUGGACAGUGUUGCAGAAAAAACACCUCCGAGGAAGAAAAGGAAGAGGUCUGAUGGAGUAUCCCCAAGCACAGGCAGUGAUGCAGACCCAGAAGACAUCUCACUGCAUCUGGAGGUGACUUGUCUUGGUCCAGACAAAACUCUUGUUGAUGUGGCUUCAUCUCAAGAUGACUCGCCUUUUAAGAACAAUGUCGGCAGUAGCUCAAUAACAGCAUCUCAUCGUCGCCACAAAGUUCUUAAGGUGAAUGUAGCAACACAAUGUGACCCAGAAGAGGUUAUUGUAUUAUCGGACUCUGACUGAACAAGCCGUAUAUGAAGCAUUGGGAAUUAAAAGGCUUGUGAAACCUAAAAACAUAACUUCAUUAGCAGAUUAUAGGACAUGUUCCUUGCUGCCUUGUAGGAGCACAUUGGACACACAGCAGUGCUAGCCUUUUGGCUGUGCUCAGCUCAUUUAUUCAGAGGAAGCAGAGUCUACAAACACGGGUCAGCAGCACCAAACUGCAAUUCAACCAUUUCUCUCUCCUUUUUUUUUUUUUUUUUUUUCCUUUGGGAGGAGGGUGACAAAUUUUGGACAGCCAAAUUGCCAGCAUAUAUUCUUCAGUCCUGCCUUUUUCAUUUUCUUACUUUUUGAUGGAAAGAUUAAAAAAAUAAAAUUGCUUUAAAAUUUUA